UCACGUUGUGGACCUUGGGAUGACACUAGGCCUCCCUUGUGGCCAGCAAUGGCAGAAUCUGAUGCACAGCAUUGCUGGACGCAUCAGAAAGUCCUCCGCCGCCCCACGUCUGCGAAUCACGGGCGUGGGGCCUGAAUCCGAUCGUCUGCAGGCGAUCGGACUCGAGCUCAGUUGCUAUGCUGCCAACCUGGGGCUGAAUUUCGAGUUCAUGUACAUCAGGAGCAGUUUAGAGAGUCUGAAGCCGGAAGAUUUCGACGUCCAGGAAGGUGAAGCCGUGGUGAUCAACAGCGUCCUCCAGAUGCACUGCGUCGUGAAGGAGAGCCGUGGCGCUCUGAACUCGGUCCUUCAGGUCCUGAACGAGCUGUCGCCCAAGGCGUUCAUCCUGGUCGAGCAGGACUCGAAUCACAACGGUCCCUUCUUCCUGGGGAGGUUCAUGGAAUCACUGCAUUACUACUCGGCCAUCUUCGAUUCGCUCGACUCGAUGCUGCCCAAGUACGACACCAGGAGGGCGAAGAUCGAGCAGUUUUACUUCGCGGAUGAGAUCAAGAACAUUGUGAGCUGCGAGGGGCCGGCUAGAGUCGAGAGGCACGAGAGGUCGGAUCAGUGGCGCAGAAGGAUGAGCCGGGCCGGGUUCCAGGCUUCGCCGUUGAAGAUGUUGGCUCAGGCUAAGCAGUGGCUUGGCAAGGCCAAGUUCUGUGACGGGUAUACUGCGACCGAGGAGAAAGGUUGCUUGGUUCUUGGUUGGCAAUCUAGGCCCAUCAUUGCAGCUUCUUCCUGGAGGCUGCAAGAGAUUAAACUGGAGGCGAGAGAAGCUGCCACGUGUAUGGUGGAUAUUUAGACUCCCUGUUCUUUUCCUUGUCCGGAUAAGAUUGCUUUUGUACUCUGUUUGCGGAAGAACCAAGUUCAAUUAGGACCCGAGGGAAAGAGAGAAAAGGUCCAAACUUAAUAGCACUUCACAGCAGAAAUGGAAGUGGGUAUGUCACUAAAUGCGCUGGUGAGGCUGCCAUUAUCGAGUUCGUCGAGAACUCAGGAAGAUGGAUUGGUGAAGCACUCGUUUUUCUCGCCGCAGAGAUGCAGGGAGAACCGACGUAGCAGUUCUUUGUUAGUAGUUGAAGCUAAGGGGAAGAGAGGUAUGGCGAAUCGCCAGUUUCAGCAGAGACCUCCUCCGUUGCCGAAGAUUGAAGAUGAUGGGAAUCCCAAGUUCGUCAUCUUCAUCCGCAUGGCCAAUGUUUACAUUUGGUACCCGCUGAGCCUAAUAACAGGAGGCACAACAGCUAAAAUCAUGGUUGCUGCCAAGGACAACUUUCUGGGCAAGUACAUCUACAAAGACACGCUUGCUCGAAACAUCGCCGCCGUUAUCUACCGAGAUGAGAAGGAAAUACAGAAGACUGCAAUCAAGCAACAUCGUGUGUUACGAUCAGCAACCGAGUUCAGAUAUGGUUACAAACUCAUUGAGAAUGGCAACGUAAGAGCUGGUCUUGCAACGAAUGAUGUUAUUGAGCUUCCGACCCCAGACAAACUCAAAACAGUGGUCGACAAAGUGAAAGACUUCUUUGGGGACGCGAAGGAAUCAUUCGGGAAGCUUACAACGCUAAACUCGACUGAAGGCGAGGAACCGCGACCAGAAGUUACAAAAGGAGAGGAGAAAGCAAAAAUUAAAGGCUGAAAAACAUAAGAGAGAAGUCAGCGCUGAAACUUUGGACAGUUUCUGAUCAGUAGUUCAUUGCUUCCUCGAGAUUUGGGAGAGGCUUUUAAGCAGGAGAUCUAUGGUGCCAUGGUGAGGUUAUUAGAUAAAACAUCAAGUCUUGCUGCAUGAUUUUGGCUAUUGCAUGUCUACCUUAUCAACCUCUCACACAUCAAGUCUAGCCUUCUUUUACACACGUAGCAUGGAAUGGCAUUGAAGCAUUUUACUGAUCUUUCAGAAUCUCUGCAUGACCUUAGUGUUUAACAUGAUUGUCCAAUACCGAAUUCGAAGGAUUCGCAAUCGAGCAUUUACCUAGCAUAACAUGACUUAUAUUAGGUUCUCGAAGAUGACACCCUUUCGGGAUACGUGACCUAAGUAUUGCUUUUUCCCCUGAACUCGUAUCCCUCCUUGGACAUUGGCACGAGCAUGAGCUUAGUCUUCUUCCUUGUAGCAAGCCCGAAAAUCUCCCCUAGAUCCACGUCCUCUCCCCUGAGGCCAUCGGGGAGCGCCCAAUCAAAGUGGUACAGCAGCCUUGCCAGCGCAAUCUCGACGGUAGCCAGCCCGAAAUGGAACCCCGGGCACCCUCUCCUCCCUCCACCAAAUGGCAAGAACCUAAACUCCUGAUCAUGGAAAUCGAUCCCACUCUCCAAAAACCUUUCGGGGUUGAACUCGAGCGGGUCCUCCCACAGCGUCGGAUCCCUACUGAUCGCGUAGCUAUUGAUGAGAACUCGUGUCCUGGCCGGUAUCAUGUACCCAUCCAUAACACAGUCCUCCAUGGAUUCUCGAGGGACGAGAAGAGGGACGGGAGGGUGCAGUCGCAUUGCCUCUUUGAUCACGGAUUUCAUGUAGGUCAAGUGCUGCAGAUGACUCUCAUUGACUCGGCUCUGCUUUCCUACAACGCUUCUGAUCUCUCGUGUAGCUUCGGCGAGGAUCGUUGGAUGCCUUGCUAGCUCUGUCAUUGUCCAUUCUAGCGUUGUAGAGGAUGUGUCUGUUCCGGCUACAAACAUGUCCUGUCACAAUUCCCACAUAGAAUUAGCCAUUGCUGGUAUCCACUAGCAGUCAUUAUCUAAUCAAAACCUAUGUAUCAAUCAACUAAAGGACAAAAGAAAAGUAACAUGUAUUUUGCUACUUUGUUGAUGGGUAGGCUUUAGCACGUGUUGAAUCGUCAUGAAAUAUCACCGCAUUAAUUAACAACCAUCAAAAUCCUACUCAGUGGGGCAAUUUGUGCCUUGUGGAACUGUUCUUUCCAUGAAGAAAGAG